AUUAUCCAACUGGAACUUGCCACUUGAUCGGUCUUGAAGCGCGCUCAUUACAAACAACAAACUGGUUUUUGGCGCAGGUUCUUGUCGCUGUGGAUGAUUUAUUUGUUGAUUAUUUUAAUUUCAAAGGGUAAAGUGGCUCAAAAUACGAAUCUCUUUGUUACUGCUGGGUAGCAUCAAACAAUUGCCAAAAUGAGUAAUACAUGUGUGGAAGAGGACCCAGUCCUGGAGAGGAACUUCCAUGGCCACAGAGACACAGUGACAGCGGUGGACUUCCAUCCGAGCACAUGCCAGGUGGUCUCGUCCAGCCUGGAUGCCUCGAUUAUGCUCUGGAACUAUGAGCAGCAGCAGAGGGCAUUCAGACUGAUGGGUCACAAGGAGCCGGUGCUCGACGUGCAGUUCUCGCCGUCGGGACAGCUGAUCGCCUCCGGCUCCCGAGACCGCACCAUCCGUCUGUGGGUGCCGGCCAUCAAGGGUGAGUCUGAGACGUUCAAGGCGCACAUGGGCACCGUGCGGAGUGUACACUUUUCUCCGGACGGCCAGCAGCUGGUGACCGGCUCCGACGACAAGGCCAUCAAACUGUGGGUGGUGAACCGGCACAAGUUUCAGUUCUCGCUCACCGAACACAAGAAUUGGGUCCGAUGUGUCCGGUUUUCGCCGGACGGCCGUCUGCUGGCCUCCGCCUCUGACGACCGCACCGUGCGCGUCUGGGACACGCGCACCCAGUGCUGCGUGCACACGUUCCACGAGGCCAAGGGCUUCUCGCACCACGUGGCCUUCCACCCGGAUGGCAUGUGUGUGGCCGCCGCUGGCUCCGACAACGCCGUCAAGGUGUACGACGUGCGCUCGCGCAGCCUGCUGCAGCACUACGCCAUGCACUCGGCGCCAGUCAAUAAGGUCUCCUUCCACCCGUCUGGAAACUUCCUCCUGUCUGCCUCGCACGACGGCACUCUGCGCGUGUUUGACCUGCUCGAGGGCCGGCCGUACUACACUCUACACGGCCACCGCGGGCCCGUGACGGCUGCAGCGUUCGCGCGAGACGGACACCACUUUGCCUCGGGUGGAACGGAUGAGCAACUGUUUGUGUGGCGCACCAACUUCGACCGAGAGAUGACGGCCUCCAGUAGCGGUAACGUGAUCCCCAAGCUGGAGACGGGCACCGAGAGUCGCCGGCCGGACGUCGACUGCUCGCAGCUGGCCGAUGAGCGACGCGACGAGGAGCUGCCUCCCGAGUCGGAGAGCGACACGACGGGCCCGCCGGCGGCGCGCGGUGGACGACUCAGCGCCGGCGCCGGUGCUGGCGGUGCCAGUGGUGGCGGUGAGAUGGCAGAGAUCAGGUCGAUGGUCUCCGGUCUGAUGCAGCAGAUGGAGCUGGUCACACAGACCGUGCUGCUGAUGGAGGAGCGACUCAAACUGGCCGAGGAUAAGCUCUGUGAGGUGGACGGACGGAAGGAGUAGCUCGGCGUCACCGUCCGUCACCCCGUCCGUUUCUGCGCGCCGUCUGUCCUGACCAGCCGGCUGGCCAUUUGUCACUGGUGCCUGGGGGUAUCUAAUAUUGUGCCCAACUGCCCACUCAGACUGCAGCAUAUCGAGAUAACUGAUGGCAUCCGGAGUUGGGCUCAAAAGUUCAUCUGAUUGCAACAGCUGACUUUCGAAGCCAGGCUGUAGCCACGGCCGGGCUUCGGCUCAACCGGACGACAGAGGACGCUCUCAGUCGAGCAUAAUAUGUAUGAAUAUCGUAACGUGUCGCGACACUGAGCGAACAUGUGUCCACGAAAGGUGUCAAUCGCUAUGUGAGAUUCUCGGCAGUCGGCAUAAUGCUCGUUUCGUGACGGCAUUGUUUUGAUGGUGUCAUGAUUUGUCUUACAUUUCAUUGUUUUAAUAUUUCAGCAUGAAAAUUGCGGUUAGGUAAUGGUGAAUCAAUGUCUUCCUUCAUCUUUCUUCCUCGCCCAUUUAGAAUAGUUUCAUUGCGAUUGUUUUCUUGCUUCGCUUCUGUCUCCACUUAACGUUUAUUAUCGUGUAUAUAGCUGUUUCCAUGACCGAUAUGGCAUUCCAUGAAUUUGAACGGACAUGUCUCGUAUGUCGCAUUCACUGACGUUUCAUGGAAACUCGGGACCACUAAACAGACUAAAUACAUGUGCGUUGGAUCUGCUUA